AUGCAGCCCACUGUCCUGACAUUUCCUCAUCCUCGGGUCUGGGUGAAGAUGGUCUGGAGCGUCCUGUUGCCUUACCUUCCUUCUCAGCCUCUCAGGAACCUGCCCAGCCACUCAGAGCCUGACUGUCUUCCAUCCCUUGGUGUCCCUUGGCCACCCCCUCCCAGGAACAGUGCUGUAAAAAGAAAAAAGGGGGAUGUUAGAGAGAGAGGAGGAAAUAAAGUCUUUGGAAAGCAGAGAGUUUUACAACAGCCACAGGUUUUAUGGAAGCAAUUCCGUAAUAACCUUCUACCUGCUCAACUCUUUCCGCCCCGCCUGCUGCCCACCCCGUUUGGCCUCCUGGAUACGGGCUCCCAAAGAGUCAGCCACCCCAUGGCCUCCCAUAUUCCUGGUAGUUAG